UUUAAAAUUUCAUAUUAUUUGACCCAGUAAUUCCACUUCCAGGAAAUUAUUCUUCUAAAAAGAGCUGCCAGAGAAACAUGCCCAAAGUUUCACCACUACAAUGUUUAUCACACAGAAAGGUUGGCAACUUUAAAGGCCCAACAGGGAAACGUUUAAAUUAUGUUGUAUACAUACAGUGAAAUACAGCUGUCCUUGGAGAAUUUCUUACUGAGGAGGAAAUGUUUACAAUGUAACGCUAGGUGAAAAAUAAAUGGAUGUAAAAAUCUGUACAUACAAUAUGGCCCUAAUUAUGUGACAUAUAUGCAUAGAAAAUAAACACACCAAGAAGUUUACAAAUGAAUACCUGUGAGAGGCAGAAUCGUGGGUUAUUAUUUAUUUUCCUCUGUAUACUUAUUUGCAUUUAAAAAUUGUCUGCAAUGAACAUCCAUUACUUUUAUAAUCAAGGGACUGGAAAACAACGAAAGUCUGUAAAAAUCGGUAAUAGCCUCCACCCCAUCCCCAGUAGACCCUCCUGGGUCAUAACCCCAGACUAAACUGAUCUUGGGGCCCUGAGGAAUGUUGAGGCUGUUGGGCUCCCAACAAUGAGUAAUAAAAUAAAUCUCAAAAUUAAAAAUCAAGCACCAGGUAACCAAGUAGAAUGUCAACUAUGUUCUAAUAAAAAUGCAAAUUUUGACGGUUUUAAGCAGUGGUAUCUUGCAUCGCGCCAGGUUUCUUCAGGACUCCCCCUUAAUCCAGACCUACCUAUUUACCUACCUAACCAGCCCACAGAUGGCAAUCCCUGCCCUCCACCCUGCCCAGGCAAACCGGUUCAUUCGUCCCUUCAUGCUUCUCCCUAGUCCCACGUGCAUCACACCCUUCACCGUGUAACUCGCCUACAUUUCCAGGCCAUUUGGUAUACUGUCCCUGCUGGGAAAUCUGCCCUGAUUACACCCAGCAGCAAUCUCCCCACCUACAUAACACCAGCAACAGCUCAGUGGGGUUCCAUUGUCUGUGUAGAAGAGAGUUUGGGAAAUGAAGGAGUGAGUCAUUCCCUACAACCUCACGUUGGGGCCUUAAUGAUGUCUUUGAGCCUCUGGGACCUAAACACAGCUUCUUCCCCUCCUAGUCUAUUCAUCAGAUGGUUCCUUAAACGGCCCUCCCUGAAUCGCAGGUCCCCACUGACGACAAUGCACUCCUUACUUCUUGCAAGAACUGCUUCUCUUAGCCCUGGCCUGCAGCUCACUUACGAUGUCAGCCUCCUACCUGCGCCAGACCACUCUCCGCAAAUAUUAGACUUGGGAGAAAACACCUGCAGUCUUAAAAAGAUUCUUGGCCAGGAAAAUUUCACAAACCAUACCCUAUGCCCAGAUCCUUCCAGAACUAAGCUGUUCAGCUCAUUUCUCAGCUUCUCCCAGCAGCCAGCCCUCCUCCCCAACCCUAGUCACCCAGCAAUGUUUACAGCACCAUGCAGCUGUAUCCAUCCGUACUUAAGUCUUCCAAAUCCUUUGUCGUUCAAGGCCCUUCACUGGCUAGCCCCAAUUUCCCUUUCCUGCCUCCAUCUCCCAGCCCUCCUCUCCACGCAGUGUUCCUUCACUUUCACUCCAGUUGUCACAGCAAACUUCCCAGUCUUCUCUGAGCACACUUUGCACCUCCUGCCACCCUGCCUUUUCUCAUGCUGUUUCCUCUCAUCAAAAUGCGUAUCUUCCAUUUCUAUUGUGUUCUGCUUCUUUGUUGAAAGCCUGUUCAUUUUACAAUUGUUCCCUCCUUUCUUCCACUAUAGAAGUUAUCAAUUUGACUGUUAGAUGAGUGACUCAUUCUUUCUGCCCCGGGGUGGAGGCUAGGUUUUAAACAGCUCUGAAUUCUCCAACACUAGCACAGUGUUCCUUUAAUUAAAUGGUUUCUCUGUGAAUUUACCCCACCUCUUGCUUUGGACUGGAAAGUGUGGAAGGCAGCUCCCCAUUCUUCAUGUCCUCCCCACUCCAGCUUUACCCACAAGUCCCCACCACUGGGUGUAAGACAGAUCCUGAGAUCUCCCCUUAACUCAGGAAACAGGACCAAAUUUGUUGAAAAAUAGUGAUUCUUUUUUUCACUCAAAAUGAUUUGGUUAUAAGGGCUGUGAACUAGGACACCUGAGCUCUAGCAGAUUCUGAUGCUAAUUUGUUUAUUAAUAUGUGGAUCAUCUUUCUGUGCUUCAGUUCACUCACCUCUAAAAUGGGAAUGGCACCUAUAGGCUUAGUCUAUUCCACCAGGACACUGAACUCAAAUGUGAUAAUAAAGUAGAAAUGCCAGCGGAAAGGCACAGGAGAUAGAGACGGGGGUGCGGGGGAGAUGGAGGAAGCAAGAGGUCACUGGCAUCAGGAUGGUGCAUGCGUAGCAGUGGGUCUGUGCAAUCAGAGGCCAGGUGAGGGCCAGGAGUUCUCUUACUCAGCCUAGUUUUGGGAACAGGAGCCAGCAAGCUAGGAAACAAGCAGAAGCAGCACAGAAGUUUGCAGAGGUGGUAGUUGAAAAAGGAACAAGCUCAAACAUUUUCCCCCACAUGUGAAACAAGUCAGUUGUUCCUUUAACAAAGCUCAAGUGCUGCUGUUACUAAGCUCAUGCAUUUGCCUGUCUUUUUUGCCCUAGUUGUUCUUUCACUGGCUGCUUAUGUGGAGGUAGUAGAAAGAAAGAUGAGCUGGUGUGUCUGUGUACUAAGCUCUAAGACCUUGAACGAGUUACUUAACCCUCAAGCCUCAGUUAUCCAGUCUGUAAAUUGGGGACCAAACACUUACCCUGAAGUCCGUGUGAGAAUUAACUGGUAUGAGCCACAUAAAUUGACUAGCAUGGUUCCUGGCGGUCCCUUGCUGUGAACAGUGCAGGCUUCAGCACAUCUCUGGCCUAGGUGUAAGUUACCAAUAUUGCAGGAAGGCUAGGGCAGGUAUCAUUACUGAAACCUUAUAGCCAAGAUUCCAAGACACUCACAAUUUCAAAGACAAGCUCUCGUUUUCCCUUAAGCCCACAAGCACCUGCCAAUUUUUGAUUGGGAAAACAUGAUCACCACGGAAGGCACCUUGGUGGCUGCCUAUUUCUCCAUCAGCCCUGAGAAGCUGGGCUCCAGGCCCAGUGCUUGGCAUACAGAUCCCCAGAUAUGCAGCUGAAAGGAGGACGAUGGUGGGUGGCAGCUCAGGGUUCCUGGUAGGUGGAGAACUAAGUUCUACCUCCCCCUUUCUUAGUCCAACUGGCCACCGGUGCACUAUCCCAACUCUAAAAGGAAAGUUACAGCCUCUGCGUUCAGUGGUUCCCUACCUUGGCUGCACGUUAGAAUCACUUGAGGACACUAAAAAAUCUUCAUGCGUGGAUGGCACUCCAGACCAAUUAACUCAGGAUUUUUUAAAAAGCUCUGUAAGUCAAUUCCCAUGUACAGCACAGGUUGAGAACCGCUGUUCUGGAUCAGGGUUUUUCAAACUUGGCAGAUGACGAUAAUCACCUAUAUUAAUUUAAAAGUUUCUCAGGCUCUGGAAUUGGCACUAUUACUGGAACUUAUUGAUUCUAAGAUACACCCUUUUAAUAAUCUGUAUAUUUGAACAUCUUUGAAAUCAGAUCUGGCAUCUAAGUUUUGAUGAAAGACAAGCAUCCCAGGUGAUUCUUAUUAUGAUUAGGCAAGUUUGAGGAAAAACCUGAACUCAGUUGUGAACUGAGUACUCAGUUCAGAACCUGAACUCAGUUCCCUAGUACUCCCUAGACAGUGCUUCCCAACCUUUAAUGUACUUGAAGUCGCUUAUGAUCCUGUUAAAAAAGCAGGUUCUGAAUGAGAAAAGUCUGGGUUAAGGCCUGAGAUUCUGCAUUUCUAUCAAGCUCCCAGGUGACCCGUGCUGGGCCUUGCACCACGUUUGGGUAGCAAAAUUCUAAAGUAUCUCCUUCUGAGGAGACUCCCCCAGCAACACAUUUAAGUAAACUGAAAGAAUUGGCACAGAGAUAUAUGACCAAUGGAGAGUCUUUGAUACAUGUCUGGGAGGUGAUUGCUAGACUGCAUUCCAGCAAUUCUGAGGCAGCACAAACCCCCCCACUAAAAAUCAGCAGAGUUCACUCAGCAAGUGAAAUUGGGCCUCGGGUGGCUUUAGUGGAUAGAGGGGAAGGAGCACCAUUCACUUUACCAUAUACCCUUUUUCCUUCCUUCCUUCCUUCCUUCACCAACUUUUAUUGAGUUUAUGUCCAGUAGUAAACCACAAGGUCUGAAGGAUUCGAAGAUGAGUCAAAUUUGGCCCCUGAUCUCCAGGGGGAGGGAACUCAGUCUAGGGGAAACCCAUUUGUAAAACAGACAAAGGACAAUGUGGUAAGUGCUAACAACAGAAGUAUGCACAAAGAGAUGAGCCAGCAUAAAGGAACUAUGCUAAUAGCUUCCGGGUGCAGCAGUCACUGGAGGAGCUGGAAGAAACGUCUAAUCUUUUUGAGGAAGGGCACCGGCCCAAACAAAAAUUCCUUGCCAGGACCGGCUGGCCUGCUAUGGGGAGGAGUGUGCAUUCAUGCCUUGCAGCCUUUGGAACCAAGACCCUAGAAUCUGGACUGAGUGGAGCUUCCUAUGUUUGGUGCCUCUAAUCUCUAGCUCUGAGAUGCAAGGGACUCGGAGGAAAGGACUUUUAGGGGAUCAGCCUUUCAAAAUGAUGGGACAGCCAUUAUCUGAUUCCAGAGCUCCAGUACCCACAUCCUAUCUUCCUGUGUCAGAAUCCAGCAGAUCAUUUUCCUGGUCACAGAAACACUUGAGUCUCUGCCCUUUGUCAUACUGAGCUCUUAAUUGGCUUGGCCCAUCACACUGCUAGAUAUAAAAGCCUCAAUCCCCAGACUAAGUAGGUCUCCAGCUGGGGUAGGAGUCUCGGCCAAGACAGGCAGGGACAAGAACCUGCAGCCUGCUCCCUCACCCAGUCCCAACAGGCCAGCUUUUUAGGAGGCCUGAGAACCUGAUACUGGAUCCCAAUUUACUUUUUCCUUAUCUUCCAUCUCAUUGACAGGAAACCCUAGAAGAGAAGCUUAAGGGCCGGAGAAAGCAGCCCAGGAGGAGACAGCGGAAAGAUGGGGAGUGGAAUCAGUGCUGAGGACAAAGAACUGGCCAAGAGGUCCAAGGAGCUAGAAAAGAGGUUGCAGGAGGAUGCUGACAAGGAAGCGAAGACCGUGAAGCUGCUGCUGCUGGGUGCUGGGGAGUCGGGAAAAAGCACUAUCGUCAAACAGAUGAAAAUCAUUCAUCAGGAUGGCUAUUCGCCAGAAGAAUGCCUGGAGUACAAGUCCAUCAUCUACGGGAACGUGCUGCAGUCCAUCCUGGCUAUCAUCCGGGCCAUGUCCACACUGGGCAUUGACUAUGCUGAGCCAAGCUGUGCGGAGGACGGACGACAGCUCAACAACCUGGCUGACUCCACUGAGGAGGGCACCAUGCCUCCUGAGCUGGUGCAGGUCAUCAGGAAGUUGUGGCAGGAUGGAGGGGUGCAAGCCUGCUUCGACAGAGCUGCAGAGUACCAGCUCAAUGACUCGGCAUCUUACUACCUGAACCAAUUAGAGCGCAUUACAGCCCCUGACUACCUCCCUAAUGAGCAGGACGUGCUACGAUCCAGAGUCAAAACCACAGGCAUCAUUGAGACCAAGUUUUCCAUCAAAGACUUGAAUUUCAGGAUGUUUGAUGUGGGAGGGCAGAGAUCAGAGAGGAAGAAGUGGAUCCACUGCUUUGAGGGAGUCACCUGCAUCAUUUUCUGUGCAGCCCUCAGUGCCUAUGACAUGGUGCUCGUGGAAGAUGACGAAGUGAAUCGUAUGCAUGAGUCGUUGCACCUGUUCAACAGCAUAUGUAACCACAAGUUCUUUGCGGCUACUUCCAUUGUUCUCUUUCUCAACAAGAAGGACCUCUUUGAGGAAAAAAUCAAGAAAGUCCAUCUCAGCAUUUGUUUCCCAGAGUAUGAUGGGAACAACUCUUAUGAGGAUGCAGGGAAUUAUAUCAAGAGUCAGUUCCUUGACCUCAACAUGCGAAAAGACGUCAAAGAAAUCUACAGUCACAUGACCUGUGCUACAGACACCCAAAAUGUCAAAUUUGUAUUUGAUGCAGUUACAGACAUUAUCAUCAAAGAAAACCUCAAGGACUGCGGGCUCUUCUAACCCUCAUCAUUCCUCAAGUAUACUGUCUAUAAACAGGCUUGGAAUCUGGGUAAUUCUAAGCAGAAAAUUACAGGUCGACACACCAUGGCAUGGAGAAUGCAUUCUCCCUUGGAGAUGGGAGUGUGCAUGACCGCACUCACUGUCUCACGCAUUUCUUUUCAAAGUGCAGUUUAAAGAGCACAAGGCCAGGAGUCAGAAGACCCGGGUUCCAGCACUGGUUCCGCAACUUACUACACACUGUAAAUACUUCAUUUCUUGGAGUCUUGAGUCCCCCAUCUAUAAAAUGAAGAUAAUUUCUCUACUACUUUACAAGGUUAUUCUGAUGAUCACAAACAAAACUGAAGGGAAGACACGUAAAGGUCACAGAAAGCCUAUCUAAAAGCUGCCGUUUAUGAAAUCCAACACCAGGUUUUUAGAUGAACUAUUCCAAGCAAAACAGCAAAAUAAACAAACCCCCCAAAAAACAAAACCUCAGUAACCUACCACUCGUUUUUCUAACAGACCUCUAUGUGCCUUAGCUCAGAGAUGUGUAUCACCAAAUAGAUGUUUCUUAGUUUCUAAGGCCCACAUCUAAAAAAAAUCAUCUUUAUUAAGAACAGACUAUCCCUCUGCCCCCAACCUGCCCAAAAGCCUGAGUUUCCUUUAUUUCUGUAAGUACCUGUUCCUCAGUUGUACAGACACUUUCUGAUAAAGUUGGAGGACAUCAACCCCCCACGUACCGUACUGAUUUUAUUGCUGCCCCUUCUCUAUCACAGAAUUUAGAGUAAGUGAGCAAUCCUACAAUUCUCACUUCAACUGCUUCAUGUUUUAGGAGAACAAAUAAGGUAUCUGAUCUUGCUUUGGGCAAUAAAAUCUUUGCAGUUUGGUCCAUGUGACGCCUGGCUGUAAACAUCUCUUCUAACAGACCAACAAGAAAAUUAUUCCUUUGAACGCCUUUGAGGGGAAAUGAAGCUUGUGUUUAUCUUGACAGGAGGUGGUGAAGUCAAGUAUAGAUUUAGCAUUUACAACUACUAGGGAAGGCUCUUGGCGUCAAGAUUUCGUAUAUAACAGUCAAUUAAAAUGAAAAUAUGCCCCUUGCCAGAAACACACAUUCACACUUAGGCUGCUACUGGCAAUAUUGAUACUAGAAAGCCAUAUGAGCUUGAAAUACACUUAAGAAUAAAUUUGCAGCUGUUAAAAUUGGCUUCAUUUAAUAGUCUUUCUGAUUCCUUGAAAAGAAACCAAGUUGGGAGAAUUAUCAGAAAAAUGAGGGAAACUACUUUGCCCACUGCCGAUUAAAAAACUUAAGCCAAAGAAAAAACCCCAGGCAAUAGUUCUUCCAUCCAAGAGCUAUUCAGAGAUGAUUCUAAACAGAGCGCUCCAACUAUCACUAACCUGUGUGCUUUCAUUCAACAGACACAGGUUCUGAGUCUAUUUUUUGGUUAUCAUGAAUCCCUCUGGCAGUCUGGUGAAAUCUAUGGGCCUCGUCUCAGAAUAUUUAAAAACAUAUAAAAUUCAUAGAAUUACAAAGAAAGCCAACAUACUGAACACAGUUCUAUCUUUGCUGAUCUGAAGCAGCAGGUUAAAAAUCCUCACUAUACCAUGGCCUUGUCUAUACAGGCCCCAAACAUAAUUUAUCCGGUUUAUUCCAUCUUCAAAUGGGGUAGCCCCACUUCCCCCAAAUCAUACCAGAUUAUUUCUAAUUUUCCAAUUAUGUUUAUUUUCAGAGUUGCCUGGCAUACCAUACGUUCCACUAAUUCUUGUUUUUGUUUUUUUUUAAUUUACCGAACUAGGUGGAGAUAUUGUGUUAAACAAAACGUUUCUACCCUUCACGAGGCCUUUUUUCUAACAUCCUCAGUUUGUUCUCUGUUGGACCAAGUGGGUUCCUAUGCUGUUCCUAUAUACCUCCAUCAGAGUACUCAGCACCAGUUGUUCAGUUCCUCAAUUAAUUAGGCACUCCCUGAAGCCCACGACCAUAUUUUGUUAUCUUAAUGUCCUAAUUGUUUAUUAACUUUUCCUUGAUCUUUGACUCUAGGCAGGAACUGGUUGUGGGCCAAACUAUAAAGGCCUAACGCGGGCUCCUUGGUUAUCGAUGUUCAUAGAGAAUCCACCCUAUAGUACUAGCAUGAAAACAGAGCCAGUGGGGUAGGUCUUCUGAUAGAACAAUCUCUAGCAGAAUACAACAGGGGUAUACUUUCUCUUUUUCUCUGGUAGACAUCCCAACUUUUAACUGGUUUAUAAACUUACACAUGCCACCUUGUUUGAACACUUUAUAAAAACUUUAGUUUGAAGGAUGGAUGGGGAAGAAGCAGUGCCUAAAGCAACCGUGUUCUAUAGCUGCUUUACUGAGGUUAGGAUCUGGUUAUUCAUCUUAUAACGUUUUUAAGCCAAAACUCUUCUGGCGAGUCUACAUGGGAUAAAACGUUGGGACCCUGUCAUCUAUUCACCUGUACCUAAGAACAGUCAAAAUCAUUUUCUGAAACUCUUGGCCAACAUCGGGCUGUCCUAUAAGUAAAGGAAGAGCUGUCACCUCAAAUGCUCUGCACAGGCUUCCAAAAGAGUCAUUACUCCUCACCCCAGUGUGUUUGGCAGGCCCAGGGAUGGUUCCCAAACCUUACACUGUUAGAGCUUGAGACAAAGUGCACUGGUUCUUCUACGCAAUUGGCUUAUUUUUCUCUCAUAGACUUUUUGAUUAGUGUGCAUGAAAAGUUCUCUUUGCAUAAAAUGGCAAGUUAGAAAGCUUAAAACCAAAACUAAGCAAUGUACUUACUCUGCUGUUUUUAUCUUCUUUUGCUUUAUUUUAAAUUUACACUAACUAUACUGUUCAAUUUUGUGUACUUUUAUAAAAGUCAUUAGAAAUUCUUUUUUGUAUUAAGGUAGGUCAGAAACAAAUAUUCAACCCUAUUUUCAUGAACUGCAAUCUUAAUUCUUAGAAUGCUAAAGCUAGAAGUAAUUUAAAAACAUUCCAGGCCAAUCACUAGCGAUUUAUAGAUAAGAAACUGAGGCCCAAGUUGGUGGAGUAUCUUUAUCAAGAUCACACUGCUAGAGAGUCGUAGAACAAGAACUCCAAAACAGGUCUUCUGAAUCAAAAGCCAUUGGUCUUUGUAUACGCACCAUGCUACCAACAGUCCACCAUACACGGUAUGUAAAGUCAAAGCCAAUUUUCUCAUUCUCUUAAGCUUCCCCCAUUCCCAAUCAAAUUCUUGGUUAUUUUUUUAAUCAUGCCAUCUCUAAACCAUAAUAUUUAACAAGAUCAUCUCCAAACUAAAUACCAAUCAGUCUCAAAAAUGGCAUGUGAAAUUAGCAUAAAAUAACAAAAAUAAGAAACAGCUUUAAGAUAUAAUUUCCUGUUCACAUACCUUGGUGCACUUCCCUUGCACAGCAGGAUUAGACACUGAUGAUGGUAAAACAAAUGUAAAUUAGGUUUCACUUCAUAUGUAAAUCUGAUGAGAUUUACUUUUUUCCCCCCCACAAAAAUAUAAUGAUUGACACAAAAGGACAUAUACUGUGUGAUUCCACUUAUAUGAGGUACCUAAAGUAGUCAACUUUAUAAAGACAGAAAGUAGAGUGAUGAUGGUUACGAGAGGCUGGAAGAGUUAGUGUUGAAUGGGUAGAGUUUCAAUUUGGGAAGAUGAAAACAGUUCUGGAGAUGGAUGGUGGUGAUGAUUGUACCACUGUAUGAAUGUAGUUAAUACCACUAUAUACUUUAAAAUGAUUACAAUGGUAAAUUUUAUGCUUUGUAUAUUUUACCACAAUAAAAAAAAUGGAAAAUAUAAUUGGAAAUGUGUUUUUAUGUUUCUGUGGAUAAAAGGAUCGAUGAAAGCAGCACAAAAAUUCAGUCUUAAAACAAUGUAAAAGACACUGACUUGUAACAGUUCCUACUCUGAUAAAAAAAUUCAUUUACACGUACCCCAAAAAGUCCAAAUCAGGGUAACCCAUCCCCAAGCAUUCAAAACCCACUCUAUACUCGGAGAUGUGCCGUAGACCAAAGUGUGCCGGCCAUGCUGGGUGGAGAAGGUGGUGAAGGGUGAAGCGCUCUUACCUCCCCCGGCCCUCUCUACCCGGCACAGCCCCUGGAGCACAGAUUCCAGCAGGACUUCAGUGUUGGGCUGGGGACCACAAGUGUGCCAGAGCCUCUGGUGGUCCUGCUAGGUCAAAGUGUGAAGACAUUUCUGUGAAGCCAGACAGACAGACUGCAAAUUGCAAAAGGGAAAUUUCUGCCCUUUGGCCAUGAAAAGGAAAGCACUAGUCUAAAUAGAAAACAAAGAACUAGAUUUAAAUGCAAAACAAAGACCCUUUCAUCCUGCUUCACAAAUUUUAGAGCAAUUUAUAGCUGAACUUCAUUUCAGGUCUUCAAAAUGAAUAUGGGAAGUGAUGCUGAGAAAAGACAACCAGCUACAAUGAAUACAUUUGUUGGUAUUGAUUUAGGAGAUUGCUUUUUUUGUAGUGCAGUCUGAUCUUGAGUAUCAUAAAUAUUUACAAAACAUUUUUAAAUGUCAUUCCUAUUGGAUGAGAACCAUAGAACAUUAUAGCUAGAAUGAGUAAUUAAGUCCAUCUUUACUUAAUUAAUACAUGACGGGUUUAGGAUUGAAAGAUUUCAUAGCUAGUUGGAAACAGGAAAAAGACCAGAACCCAGUAAGCCGAACAACUCUCCAACUUCAUAAGAUUCUGAGAGGUCUCAGCCUUUAUCCUACAUGAGCAUAUGAAUGAAUAGUUAGAAAGAACAGGUAAUUUCUUGCAAUUUGUUAUGUCUACUGGGAUUCUCCCGUACAUAUCAAUAAGCCUCAGUCAAAAUGUUUGGAUAAUCCAAAGGAAUAUGGGCACAGGCGGGAGGAUAGUAGAGGAUAGGAUAAAUAAAGGUUAGGAUAGGAUAAAUAGAGGAUAGAUAAAUCAGGUUAUUCAGAUUUUUUAUUUUAUUUUUUUUAAUUAAGGAGAGUGCAGCUCACAGUGGCCCAUGCGGGGGAAUCAAACCGGCAACCUUGGUGUUAUUAAGACCAUGCUCUAACCAACUGAGCUAACCAGUAACCCCCAGGUUAUACAGAAUAUUUCAACUAUCAAAGAUCUUAAAGCUUUGAAUGCUGAUACACUGAGACUGUGUAGCCCAGCAAUGUAUUUACUUAAUAUUUGAUUAUUUCUGCUACCUUGUUGAUUCCCAAUUUCAGGCAAAGAAAACUAGGCACAAAAGCCUUUAAUGUUUGACUUUUCAAUCAUUCCCUUUACCAACCCCUCCAAGGCCCUCUCAAAAAGACUUUCAUCCCAUGGUUUGGACUAUCUAGCUUUGCUCUUUACCCACCAACUGAAUGAACUGUCAUGUUAUUACAUAUACAGUUACCUCUGUCACAGGAUUUUAUCUUUACUUUGGUGUACCUUUCAAUUUUCACUGCAACAAUAAAUGCAGUGAAAUAAAUUAAUGUUUGGAAACCCCAAGUUUCUUGUUUUAAUUUUAUAUAAAAACUAAAUACUCUGUAUCUAAAUGUAGGAAUGUUCUUUGACCAAACAGUCCCCAUACUAUUUUUUUUGGAGAAAGGCACUUUAAGUCAUGUACAAAAGGUGCUUCUUAUUGGCAAAUAAAAAACAACUUAGUUUGUUACUAGUGAUUUUGAAGUUAUGUCUACUAUUCGUGUUGAUCUUUAAUAUUAGAUCCUAUUCAGUUUUCCUCAAAUAUCGGCCCUGUUUAGUGCAUCAGAACCACCUGAAGAAUUUAUUUAAAAAUACACACUCCCAGGACCUGCCUCAGACAUCUAGACAUGUAGUAGUUUAGCCAAGGAAUCUAUGUAUCUCAAUCUUCCACCUCAGGUAUCUACUCCUAUAUAACAUUCCUUAUUAUCUCUUAUUCCUGAGAAGACUUGAGUCAGGCCACAUCUAGGCUCGACACAAUAUCAGAAAUCAACUGUCCUGCCCUGACUUGUUCUGAAGUAUAGUCUCCCCAGCAAAAGUAACUCAUAAAAGGUUAUGAGACAACGGGGAGGUGGGAGGGUUGUUUAAACCUAAACAAAGGUACAGAAGCAAAGAUGUCAACCAUCCUGGAAGUCAGUUAGUUCUCCAGUGCCUCACUUAAUCUUUUACUUCCUGCAAGUUAAUAACAAGAUCAACUCUCAAUUUCAAGUCUCAAAGCAGCCUGGUUUGCUCUUCUCCUUGGAUGGCCAUGAAGCUAUGUGUGGAGCCGUGGCUGGUCCAAAGGCAGCUCUCUCUCUGUACUAUGAAGCCUGAAGCAGACACAAAAAUUACCUGGCAGCACUGGGAGCUUGAGAUAACUGUGCUCUUCAAGUCAGUAUCACAUAUGGAAGAUUUCACAAGUCAUAAGAGUGAAGGGAAUUAGUGUUAUUUUUAUAAUGUUUUUUAUAAAUGAGUAAAAGACUGGUUUUGUUUUUAACAUCUGGAAGCGAAAAAAAAAAUCAAAGGCAGGGUUUAACCGGAAUGAGACUAACUUUACCUUAUAUGUAACUGCCAGUACAAGGAGCUCUGCAACAGCCAACUCCAAGAACUAUGCUGCGCUAAAUAUAUGCUAAAUAUAUAAAACUAAAUGUAUAAACUAUGCUAAAUAUUUGAAGUAACUAGUCAGGUCAGGCAAGAAAUAUGCAAAGAAAGUCAGAGCUACAAAUCGAAGAACAGUGGCCAGGAUAGAAGAAUAUACGGUGGGCAAAUGAACCAGCAGUUAUUUUUAAAUACUCCAAAAUGUGCAUAUAAUAAAACACAAAUAGAAAAUAUAAGAUAAUAAAAAAUAAACAAGAGAACAGCUUUUUAAAAUUUGGUCCAUUCUUAUAAUGCAGCACCUUGUGAAAAAUAAUCCAUCAGUGAAAGUAAUAAAAUGAUACACUGAACCAGAUUUAGAAAUCAAACUGUCCAAGAUGAAAAUGUCAUCUCAAAAUCCACUUACGAAUAACUAAAAGUUUUUGGAAUUUUACUGGCAAGAAGUGUAAUCUGUUGCAAGGCUGAAUUUUAUAAGAUUAGGGAAGACUGACCAUUAGGGAGCAAAAUACUUCCUCUUUACAUAAAGCCUAACGGAUGGCAAUUCUACAGCCCAAGGUUUUAAUCAGCUGGAGAAGAUAUGACUGUCAACAAAAUAAAGCUAUUAUUGCAGUUCUUCCUGCCAGGGUCUAUUUUUUAUUUAUUAAAAUUUAAUUUUCUUACAUGUGCUGAUUUCUUAGAUGGUCCAAAGCCUGGCCACCUGAAUUGUGAAACAAGAUCCAUCACAAAUCUCCAGUAUUCUCCACAGACAAGACACAUGGCAACUUUUGAGUUUCCUUGUUUACAAAUAUCAUUCCUUUUUCUUCAGGCUAGUAGAUAUGGUGUUUCACCCCCACAAUCUGGCUCUGCUAUAAGGAAAAAAAUCUUUUAUUUCAAAAUAUGAUAGUGAUUUGAGAGGCUGAUGAUCAGAAUAACCUUUUUAAAAUUAUAAACUGCCAGCCCACUGGCCAAAAAUCAAUCUCUGAGAUGGAGCCAGGUGAUUUUGACUUGAGGCGUGCUUGAAAAAUCACAGACUUAAAUUGUGUCCCUGUGUCCUCAAGGAAUGUGCAUUUAAGUAAGUUAUUACUAAUAUUUGGGAUGGUGGGGCAGGAGGUAAUCUUCACGUAAAUACAGAAAAAGUGGAAAUGGUGUACAGGCAGAAAAGUGGAGAACUAUUUCUCAUUAACAGAAAAGCUAAAAAAUGAACAGAUCAGACAGAUGUAUUUAAAUGAAAAUAUAAAAUGCAUUUCAAAGAAAAAUUCACUUUUUUUGAUAAUCUGUUAUUUUGGAUUAUCAACACCACCAUCCCAUUAGCCCAGACUACAGAAAGACUACAGUUAAAACACUGGACCAGUUCUCAUUUCCAGAUGAUCCCACAUUACAGAAUACAAUAAAGAAAAGAUAUAUUCAAAAUGAACAAGAACUAUCAACCCUAUUUACAUUGUGGGCAUAAGUCAAUCACCAGUUGAAGAUGAUAAUUUCCUUUCUUUUAUAUCCAGUUUUCCCAACCCUAAAAAAAAAAUUUGUUAGAUAAUACAGUUUACCAUCUGCAUAGUUAAACUUUUCCAAAAAGGAUAAGAAAAAAAAAAAAAAAACUACCAACAAAGGCACUGAACUACUGUGGCUUGCUUUCUGAACCAGCUUUGGUGACCACUAAACUUUUUUUUUUGUUUUAAACUAGUGAAAGGUCACAUCUAAAGACGACAUAGAAUCCAAUCCUAAAAGAUUGGACCCCAAAAGGCACUGCUCAAACUACUGAUGUGGAAUGCUCAAAAUGCAUUCUCUUCAUUUGCCUUUCCCCAAAGGUACGUUCAGUAUUUCGUGACAUUUGCUGUACACUGUACAAAAGGACCUGCAGGCUGAGGUGAACAUACCUCUCCACACAACCAAAAUGUAAAUCUGGAAAAUGGAUUAAGAUUGAAUGUCACUUACACAGAUAGGACGUAAGACCCUCAGUCUGGCCAAGAUUCAACAAUACUAUUACAUCAAAAGACUAGACCUUCAGGGAACCCUUCUACUUAACACCACUCUCAGACAAAGGCCAAAGCACACUGAGCAGGGACAAAAAGAAACAGAAGAAAAUAUUUCCAGAAAGGACUAGUUACAAACAGGAACAAACCUGGACUCUUUACUCACCAUUUUAAUACUGCUGCCAACUAUAACAGAUUAAAAUCUGUACACACGACAAAAGUAGAAAAGGUCCCAAAAAGCAACAGUUUCGGCAAAAGAAGGUACUAAGGAUUACUACAAUUAACAGUGCUACAAUAAAAACAAUGGCAAACAGCGAUUUGGCACCACAUUUACAAAGUAAAAGCAUGCGCUGUUAAUACACUUUAGAUGCUUCCAACAGAAAAGACCAUGGAAGAUAAAAAAAAACAAGGGGCAUCUUUUACAAAACUCCGUAUGACCGAGACAAGCAAGCAAGAAUCAAAGCGGUCAAUUUAGUAGAUAUGUAGCAGCAAAGUCACUGGUUCUGUUUGAAAUUUAACAAUUUGCAUUUCUAAGUGGCAGAUGCCCUGGGUGUGUCUGUAUUCAAGAAGCUGACUUUAUCAUACUACAGAAGCAUUUAUCUAGUAAUCAGCAUAAACCAGGUUAACUUUCAACCCUAAGCUUAAAAAAAAA